GAAUUGUAUCAUUGCUUCAGUUACCUUUAGAUCGACUAAAUCGUUUCAUCUGCCCCGUGCAAAUACGCAUCAACAUUAUGGCGUUUAAGAUGGUUGUACUGUUCGCCACUCUGGCUUGUGCCAGCGCUGGCUAUCUGGAAGCUGAUCACCACCAUGCGGCUCACUAUUCGCCAGCCCCUGCUGUUAGUUACAGCUCCAUCACUCGUGAGCACCACCCAGCAAAGGUUGCCAAGACUGUAACCUACGCUGAACCGGCUGUCCACUACGCCGCUCCAGUUGCCAAGACUGUUUAUGCUGAACCCGCCGUGCACUAUGCUGCUCCAGUCACCAAGACGUUGACCUAUGCUCAACCAGCUGUGCACUACGCCGCUCCAGUUGCCACCAAGACCGUUGCCUACAGCCAGCCCCAAUAUGUCCAUGAGCCAGCCUACACCAAGACCAUCGUUGCCGAGCCAGCUUACACCAAGACCGUUGUUGCUGAACCAACUUACGCUAAGACUCUGGCUUACCAUGCCCCAGCCACCAACGCUGCCCCAGCUGUCGUCAAGAACGUUGCCUACAGUGCUCCAGUUGCCAAGACCUACGUAUCUGAGCCAGUGUACUCCAAGACCCUCAUCUCUGAACCAGUCUAUGCUAAGGCCUAUGCUCCAGCUCCAGUCUACGCCAAGACCGUUGUCUCCGAGCCUGUCUACAGCAAGACCAUUGUUCAGCAGCCAGCCUACCUGAAGACCGUUGCCGCCCAGCCCGUGUACGCUCAUGCUGCCCCAGAAUCCACUGUUUCCCAUGUAAGCUAUCAGGAUGCUAGCGCCCACUACGGUUGGUAAACUGAUGAGAAGACAUUUCUCAUCCUGGCAAUACUCAGGUAGAAAAAAAGACAACGUGAUCGAUAUGUACAUAACCAUGAAACGCCGAAAUGUUGAACGAUUUUGUUGAAUAAAUUAAGAAUCAAUGCCAAUGAAA